CCAAUUUACAUAAUUUACAUAAUAAAUGAUAAUUAGUGAUAGCGUUAUGCAUGUACAACAUUUAGUUGCCAAAAAUCUGAGUAGUAGAUUCCAUGAAUCUCUUCAAUUUGUCAUUAGCUCAGGAAACCGUAUUCGAAGCAACGCAUUGAAUACGCGAUUAUUUGCUCCAGUUGUAAAGAAAAUGAUGAGAACUUUUAUCAAUUGCUUCUUGCUUCUCCACACUGAAGUACACUGGCUUUUGAAAGGCUCAUGUUUGACAAGAUUUUUUGCAUUUUUUGGCCCUCUUUUGGAGGCUAAAUAUCCAAUUUUGAAACAAAGUUCAAUCAGAUGAAAACCA